GCCCCGUGCACACUGAAAUGCCAGCCUUAUUUGUUGGUCAAAUUGUUUAAAACAAUUUAAAAACAGCCAGAAGUACACCUCCACCGGACACCCCCGACUGCAGAGAGCCUGCCUGGAUGGCAGAGAAACUGGUUGCCAUGGAGGGCACCGUGCCGGAGGCCAAGUACCAGAAACUGGCCACAGAAUACUCAAAGCUAAGGGCCCAGGCCACGGUGCUGAAGAAGGCGGUGCUGGAGGAGCAGUCCAAGGAGGCCAGUCUGCGGGAGCAACUACAACAGUAUGCCACCUCGUUGCGACGCACGGAGCAGGAGGUCGACUCCCUGGGCUUCCGCAACAAGCAGCUGGAGUCGCGGGUGUCCCAGUUGCAGCAGGAAAUCUCAGUGCACGAGCAGCCCAAAAAAAAGGACAAGGAUUCCGGUGGCAGGCGGGGAUUACAGGGCAACAACCGGCAGGAAGCGGACGCUCCAUCGGAUGCCGCUCAAGAAGCCCUCAUCUUCGAAGAACUGCAGAAGAAAAUCAUGGAGAAUGCGCAGCUGACGUCAUUGAUUGACGACAAGCAGCAAGAUCUUCUGCUGCACACGGAACGCAUCGCCUUUUUGGAACAAAAGCUGGAGAAGCGCAUCAGCGACCAGAACGAGCUUGAAAAGCGACUCAGGAAAGAGGUGGAUACGCUGCAGCACAGAAACAGCGAGCUGGAAACAAAGCUCGUGGACGCGGCCAGCAUGCUGGGCAGUGAGGACGCUAUUAGUGCCACCGGCAGCGAUAAUACUCCACUCCACAAUCUCCAGCAGCAGGCGAAUAGCAACCAACUCACGUCCGAGGAUCGACUUGCCUUGCUCGAAAAGGAGGCGGCUCAUUGGAGGGCUCAAUUCGAGGUGGCCAAGCUGCACCAGGCGUUUGUCUCGAACCCCAACAAGGAUCUCAGCGCGUGCAGCUGCAGCACGGCGGCAGCGGGCGUGACGGUGCGACCGGCUGAGCCGGAAGCCAAGGGAAGCCAGCGGGCGCGUGACUCCCUGCAUGAUCCCCCCGAUCCGCCCUCCAAGGAGCAGCUCAUCUACAGUGUGUUCAGCAAGAAGUUCGAGGAUCUGAUGCGGCUCAAAGUGCAGGCUGAGUCCAAGUUGCGAUCCUACGAGCUCGAGGCGCAGCACCUGCAAAACUGUCUGGAGAACGCGACGCACGAGCUUAAGAACAAGGACGAUCAGCUGGCCAGUUUGGGAGGAGCCCUGCAAAUGCUCGAAGAGGAGUUGACCACGACCCGUAUUAACUACGAGGAGCAGAUCAGUGUGCUCACGGAGCAGGUCAUCAGCUUGAGCGACCAACUGGCCGCCUGCAAAUGAGUAUGGAGUGCGGUGCGAGUCCCGCCCUGCUGCUUUACUGUAUAUUAUUGUAAAAUAACUAACCGGGAACGCCCGCUCCCUCCUGUUUUGUUAUUGUCCGCCCUCGACGUGUAUAUAACUGAACAUUAUAUGUGUAUUAAAUAAUUCUCUACAGUUUAAA